GUCCCAGCUGUAGGGAGAGGCGACGGACCAUGAGCUGGUUCUGCUGCUGGGAAUGCCGGGGCUGAGGGCUCCAACGCCCAGGGAAGGAAGAUGCUCCAAACCAGCAACUACAGUCUGGUGCUGUUCUUGCAGUUCCUCCUGCUUUUCUAUGACCUCUUCGUCAACUCCUUCUCAGAGCUGCUCCGCACGGCCCCCGCCGUCCAGCUCGUCCUCUUCAUCAUCCAGGACAUCGCUAUUCUCUUCAACAUCAUCAUCAUCUUCCUCAUGUUCUUCAAUACCUUCGUCUUCCAGGCUGGGCUGGUCAACCUCCUCUUCCACAAGUUCAAGGGUACCAUCCUGCUGUCAGCGGCCUACCUGGUGCUCAGCAUCUCCUUCCACGUCUGGGUUAUGAACCUGCGCUGGCGGGACUCCAGCCGCUUCGUGUGGACCGAAGGCCUGCAGACCCUUUUUGUUUUCCAGCGGCUGGUGGCUGUGCUCUACUGUUACUUCUACAAGAGGACGGCGGUGCACCUGGGAGACCCCCUCUUCUACCAGGACUCGCUCUGGCUGCGCAAAGAGUUUGCGCAGUUCCGUGGCUGAUGGCUCCCC